UAUUUUACAACUAAAAUUAAUUUUCCUACGGCAGCUACUUUUUUUUCCACGCGAUUUUACGCCGAUAAAAACGAUCCUAAUUGAGAUUGCAGUUCCUUCGUGUAUACUUUCCAUGAUUUCAUCCCGACGUGACUGUAUCCGGAGAUUACAACACCGCGUGGCCUGAUCCACUUGCUCCGCUAUGUAACUUCGAUAUACAGUUUCAUCAAUGCGCUCGUUACCACCGAAAGUUGGCAACUUUCGCGCAUCGUGUUACCCGCGAUAAGAGCAAGAGUCGAUAAAUUCAAGCAACUCGGCUGAAGCAAUAAUCACGAAAAUGAACGUUUUACUCGAGAAACAUGGAGCUAAACACAUAUACAAGGUCCCGGAAGGAUUGCGCGAACUAUGCACCGACAUCGCACGCGAGGUUCUACGCUCGCAACCGAGGAACAUUUAUUGCUUCGUUGCUGAUUACGCUGAAGCGCUUUUGAUCACGCGGGAAAAUGCGAAAGUCGCGGUGAAAGUCGUAAACAAUAUUUUAUUGGAGAGCCAGGCCAUCGUGGGUAUACUUCACCGGAGCGGCUUGAGUUUAGAGCAGAUCGCCUGCGCCGCGCCCAGGAUCCAGACGGCGUUCCGCGCGUACUUGGACGCGGUAGACAUGCGAGCGGCCCAGGUGUGCGACGACGCGACUUGCGACGCGAGGUCCAAGGUAUCUCUGCAAAGUAUUCUGCAGGCGACGGGGGUCCCGCUGGAGGAGGCGGAGAAGCACGCGACGAUAAUACAGGCCGCUUUCCGCGGGCAUUACGAGAGGAUGCUGUUCAACGAGUCCCGAGGCAUGAUUCAAUGGCAACGAGCGGCAACGAGGACCCUCGAGAUCCUGAGGAAGGCUGGGGCCUCGCGAGCGGAGGCGUCGAAAGCCGCAAUUCUAAUACAGGCCACUUACCGCGGCUACUAUACGAGAAGAAAUCUAAAAAUGAAAAUGAAGGCUAUGCAGCCACCAGAGGAAGAAAAAGAAAGCGAGGUGGACAUGAUAGAACCCGGAGAAGCCGUUCAAGCAGUAGCCUGGCUGGAUAUGAUGUACGAGGAAUCAGGUCUGACACCGAUGAGAGCAAACGAAGCUGCGUCCAUUAUACAAGUGAAUAAAUCAAAUACUGAAUCAUAUUAUAUGUAAAAAAAUAUUAUAUAUCAUAUUUUGUUAAAUUUAUGCAGAAAAUUAAAGAGAAACCAUUAUUAAUUGUCACGACUGUCGUAGAAAGCUUACAGACGGUAUCGCCAGAAAAACAGUGACUCAAGCCCGCCGGUAGAAUCGACGAA